UUUAUUUGGCUCAGACUCCAUUUGUGAGCAGAGCAGAAGGAGAACCAAAAAUCUAGACCAGGGUCGAGAUGUGUGAGGAGGAAAAACUUGCUGGCAUCCUGGAUGAUAUAGCUGAUCAUGAAUUUGAUAACUUCAAAUGGCACCUAAAGAGAGAGAUCUGGAAUGGCAUAGAUCCCAUCAAAACCUCCAAGCUGGAGAGGGCGGAGAGGCUCGACAUCGUGGACCUAAUGGUGCAGAAAUACCAGGUUGCUGGAGCUGUAACAGUUACAAGGAUUAUUAUGGAGAAGAUCAAAAGAAAUGACCUGGUGAAGAAGCUCAGUGAACCAAGUCCUGAAGCUCCAGUUGAAGAUUUUGCUGAUCGGUGUCAACAUGACCACAAAGAAUAUCUGAAGAAGACAUUGCAAUGUCUCCGUGAAGGCAUUGCAGAAGCUGGAAAAAAAACCUUUCUAAAUGAUAUCUACACAGAGCUCUACAUCUUGGAUGGAGGAAUUGGACAGGUUAAUAAUGAACAUGAAGUCAGACAGAUUGAAACAGCAACCAGCAAACCAGGCAAAACAAUACAACUAAAAGACAUCUUUAAACCCCAACCUGAAACAAACGAAUCAAUUAAAACAGUGAUGACAAAGGGAGUAGCCGGCAUUGGGAAAACAGUCUUAACACAGAAGUUCACUCUGGACUGGGCUGCAGACCAAACCAGCCAGAACAUCCAGUUCAUAUUUCCAUUCACUUUCAGAGAACUGAACACAAUGAAAGAGAAAAGGUUCAGUUUGGUGGAACUAAUUCAUAAAUUCUUUAUUAAAACCAGAGAUGUCUGUUGCUUUGAGCAGUUCCAGGUUCUGUUUAUCUUUGAUGGUCUGGAUGAGAGUCGACUUCCUCUGGACUUCUACAACAAAGAGAUCCUGACUGAUGCUACAGAGUCCACCUCAGUGGAUGUUCUGCUGAUAAACCUCAUUAGGGGAAAACUGCUUCCCUCUGCUCUCCUCUGGAUAACCACACGACCUGCAGCAGCCAAUCAGAUCCCUCCUGAGUUUAUUGACAUGGUCAUAGAGGUCAAGGGGUUCACCGACUCACAGAAGGAGGAGUACUUCAGGAAGAAAUUCAGAGAUGAUGAGGAGAAGGCCAACAGGAUAAUAUCACACAUAACAGCAUCCCGAAGCCUUCACAUUAUGUGCCACAUCCCAGUCUUCUGCUGGAUCACUGCUGAUGUACUGGAGGAUGAGUUGAAGAACAAAGAAGGAGGAGAGCUGCCCAUGACCCUUACUGAGAUGUACAUCAAGUUCUUGGUAGUUCAGAUCAAAAUCAAGAAGAAAAAGUAUGAUGGAGGAGCAGAACAAGAUCCAGACAUCAGUAAGAUGGUUCAGUCUCUGGGAAAACUGGCUUUGGACCAGCUGCUAAAUGGAAACCUCAUCUUCUAUAAAUCAGACCUCCAAGACUGUGGCGUAGAGAUGAAAGAUGUUUCUUUCUCAGGAGUGUUCACUGAGAUCUUUAAAGAGGAGACGGGGAUAGGCGAAACCUCUGUCUACUCCUUUGUUCAUCUGAGCCUCCAGGAGUUUCUGGCUGCAGUCUACAUGCUCCACAGUUUCACCACAAGGAAUACAGAGGCAAUGAUGAUGUUCCUGGAAGAAGAUGACCACUCAUCUUUGUAUUACUUCUUCACGUUUUUCAUGAACCUGUCCAAGAAAACAGACCAUGGCUACUCACUGGAUGAGUUCCUGAAGAAAGUCAUGGAGAAAUCCCUCAGCAGUGAAAAUGGCCACCUGGACCUGUUUGUUCGCUUCCUUCAUGGCCUCUCUGUGGAGUCCAACCAAAGACUCUUAAGAGGCCUGAUGGGUCAGACAGAGAACAGUCCAGAAACAAUCCACAGAAUCACCGACAAUCUGAAGAAGAUGAACACUGAUGAUAUCUCUCCUGAUAGAAGCAUCAACAUCUUUUACUGUUUGAUGGAGAUGAAUGACCUCUCAUUUUGUAAGGAGAUUCAACAGCUCCUGGAGUCAGGGAAGAAACUCUCAGAGGUCCAAUGCUCAGCUCUUGCCUACAUGCUGCAGAUGUCAGAGGAGGUUCUUGAUGAGUUGGACCCAGAGAAGUACAACACAACAGCAGGUGGACGACAGAGACUGGUUCCAGCUGUGACAAAUUGCAGGAAAGCUGUACUUGGUGGCUGUUGGCUCUCAGAGACUGAAUGUGAAGUUGUGGCCUCAGCUCUGCAGUCCAAACCCUGCCAUUUGACUGAACUGGAAAUAAGUCAGUUCUGCAAACUGAAAGACUCUGGAAUGAAGCAUCUGUGUGCGAUCCUGGAGACUUCAGUCAGCAUAGUGAAGAGUUUGAGGUUGGAGAGCUGCUGUUUGUCAGAGACCAGCUGGUCUUCUCUGUUCUCAGCGCUGAAGUCCAACCCCUCCCAUCUGACAGAACUGAACCUGAGUGGCAACCAAGACCUGAAAGAUUCUGGAGUGAAGGAGCUCUGUGGUUUCCUACAUACGCCUCUCUGCAAAAUACAAAAACUGAGAUUGCAAGACUGCGACUUGACAGAGGUCAGUUGUGCUUCCCUGGUCUCAGCUCUGAAGUCCAACCCCUCCCAUCUGACAGAACUGAACCUGAGCCUCAACUAUGGCCUGAAAGAUGCCGGAGUGAAGGAGCUUUGUGGUUUUCUUCAGACUCCUUUCUGCAAAAUACAGAUAUUGAGAUUGAGCAGCUGCAGUUUGUCAGAGAUCAGCUGUGCUUCUCUGGCCUCAGCUCUGAAGUCCAACCCGACCCAUCUGACAGAACUGAACCUAAACUACAACAAACAUCUCAAAGAUGCUGGAGUCCAAGAGCUCUGUGGUUUCCUACAGAGUCCUGACUGCAAAAUACAAAAACUCAGUUUGGUGAACUGCAAGCUGUCAGAGAUCAGCUGCGCUUCUCUGGCCUCGGCUCUGAAGUCCAACCCCUCCCAUCUGAAACGACUGGACUUGCUUUCGAACAAACUGAAGAGGUCAGAUGUUCAGCAGCUGAAGGAUCUCGUAAAAACUGUAAGGUCAGUAUAUGGUUGUGAGUGAGUCCGGCUACGGUCAGCAGUACUGAAAUUAUCCCAGUUCAAAGCAUCAAAGCAAAGCUCUAGUGUUUCCAGUAAAGCUGGAGCUUCAGGAGAAUAUCAACAAGCUUCCUGAUUGGACACACGGGCAACGAGAUAGAAUCUUGUUGUGUUCCUGUUUCCAGGGAUUCAAGCUUGAUUCCAGCUCCCAGUUUUUCAGUACGUCUUGAGACAGUGCUCUUAAUUGUUCAACCUGUGGCAGCAUCUUAGAUCUGAUCUAAGACUGUUUGUUCUCUGAGUUCAAAAGAAAAGGAAAAAAACUGAUCAGCUUCAUCUUUGUCACUGCUCUGAGAUCAGUCUAACUGCAGCCUGGAAAUCACUGGCUCUUAUUUCACAGUCAUUACAUUUAGUCACCAGGUGGUCUUUCUGCUGAAGUCCACUCGUCACAGCAGGACAUUUGUCCUUCUGUCCUUAGUUUCAUCCAGAUGUGUUCAGGGACAGCCUCCAUGUUUAUUAGUCGGCUGAUGUUUCAAUGACUUGAUGAGGUGUUCGCCAGCAGCAGAUAGUUUGUGUGUUUUGAAUGGAGCAGCAGGAAAUCCGUCACCAAAGUGUUUGUGAAGCAACGAAGGCUACGUGAACCUCAGCGGUUUAUUUCCUCUGUUUACUUGAAUGGAGCCUUCCGAGGAUACUAAGUGUGUGUGAGCUUGGAGUUCAUCGUGUUCACUCCAGCAUGAUAGGAUGAGAGCUGGAGGUAAGAUGUCCCUCCUGCUCUUUCCAUUGGAUGUGCUGCAUCAGUGACUGUCAGUCGAGGCUGGCAGCGCUCACUGAUCUCCUCUGUCGCUCCUCUCUUCUCUCUGCAGGGCGUAGUGAGAGAGAGAAGCAUCGUUGUGUCCUGAUGACUCUCCUGAUGACCUGCUUGAAGAUGCGGUUGAAAAGAGAUUCACGAUGAUGAACUUUGAGAUGAAAGAUUUUUUUUUAUCCUGUUUAUUUUCUCAUGUCUGUUGUUAAAGUUUCAAAAAUAUAAGAAGACGUGGGUCGGCUGAUUCCCUCUCCAUACGUUUCAGGACUGAAAAACUGGGAAAAGACCAUGUUCUAACAUUCAGCUCUUAAUUAUAUAUUUACUUAGUUAUAUGCCUUAGUUAUCAAACAAGAUAAACAUAGUGUGUUAGUUCCAUAGUUGUUGCUUGCUUUAUUGUUGACACCAUAAUCCAUGGUUUUACCUAAGUGGUGGGUGUCUGAAAUAGAUACUUCAUUGAUACAUCUUAUAAAUGUACAUUGUUCUGAACAAUAUGCAGUUGGGGAAACUUUCUGCUUGGGUCAGGUAGAUAAGCUCAGCAGAUAUCUGCUGCAGUCUCACCCAGCUGGUUGUAUUUAUCUAAACCACUGAGUCACAGCUGAUUUUCCACAUGCUCCUUUUCCCCCCCUAUUUUUCUACCUUAACACUGUCAUUUAGUGUCUGAUAUUUAGUGAUGCGUUUUCUGUGCCGAAGCUUCGGAGCGCGUAUCGAGACUUGUGUUGCAGCAGCUGGCGGUGAAGUUUGAAGCGUCGUAUUCGGGGCAUACCAAGCGACCUAUUCAAGAAUUGCUUCACCAGUUUGCUUGUGCAUAAAAAAAAAAGAAAAAAAGGCAAAAUGCUGCUUUUUCACCCGUCACAUUUUCUUAUUUUAGGAUUUUUAUUGUGUGUGCGUUUGCAAUUAAUUUGAGCGCCUUUUUUGCGAUGCACCCCUAGGGCUGAAAUGAUUCCUCGAAUGACUCGAGUUCCUCAAUUAGAAAAAUUCCUCGAGGUAAAAUGUAUCUGCCUCGAAGCUUUGUUAAAGUAUGUUUUAUUAUGUAGCGCCCCGUGUUCCGGCCGGGUCGUUAUUUGUGUCGGGCAGCGCUCUCACUUCUGCCUAUGAGUUGUUGCUAAGUGCUAGCGGCAUGACGUCAGAUUUUCCGGGUUUUUAUCGUUUUCUGUGGGACCAAUAAGCAUUUUUAAAAAUUGACUGGCACCUUUCUCCUCCCGUAACUCCAUGUUUUGAGAGAGAGGGAUUUUUCCACAGUAUUCUAUUAAUAACAAUAAUCGCUAGAGUACUCAAUUACUAAAAUAUUCCAGUCCUCGGACCCUCUCCUAAGGUUCACACAUAGUAAUAAUAAAUCAUUACUUGUCAAAAAAAAAAAAAACAAAUAACAACACUGAGGAACCUGUAUUCUAAUUUCCUUCUUAUUUCUGAUGGUUUCAAAUGUGAAGGUGUCGUGGACAAAUGAGCUGUAAUGUGUGUUUGACUACUGACAUCUGCGCCCUGUGAGCCUGAGCACAGUAAAGGUUUUUGUUUUUAAGUUGUAAAUAAAUAAGCUCCCAAAGUUUGCAACAAGCUUGGGAGUUACAAUCCUUUCCUCCAUUGUUUUAUAUAAACAGAUUAAGUCUAUAAUCAUAAUUUAGGUAUUAGUAUCACAAACAUGAUUUACUUCUUUAUUCAUGUCAGGCUUCACGCAUCACGUCGUUUAACAUGUAUUGUUCACUUGAUGUUGCGGUGGAGCGAAUGAGCGUCGGCUCUUGAGUCCAACAGUUGGAUGAAACGCCUCAGUGCUUCACGAAGCUUCAUCUCGCCAUGACUGCUGACAUUGUGUUUCUUUGGAUCAAUGAAGAUUCAAUUCAAAAUCAGCUCCACUUAGUGGCUUCAUGAGUUUUGAUCUGAACUUGAUUCGACUGGAAAGUUUCUCUCUGAUUGAUUUUCAACUGAAACAUGUGAAAUAAAACUCGAUUCAACGGUU